GGAGAGCGUCGCGUCUGUCCCUUGAGCGCUCAAGGGCCGCGCCCGCGCCAUUCUUUCCUUUCUUCUCUCGCGACUCGCUUCUCGGAAUUGGGUUGGAUCCAUCCCCAUGGCGACUGGCGACAACAUGACUGUAGGAAUCAAGUGCUUGUGCGUGGGCUAGCUAAUAAGUCAGUAGAAGCUCUGUAGAGCAGCAGCGUGCGCGGGUAAGAUUGUGGUAGCUAGUUCGUCAAUGAGUCGAGCAGGAAUGAUGGAAUGUCAGCUGGGAAUGGUCAAUUGUUGGGGCAAAGCAAUAGUGACACUGCUGCUGCCCUCUCAUGCUAGAUGAAGCCUCCGCCUGAUUCUCUCCCCUCCAAGACCAAAAUGCCGGCGUCCGCGGUGUGCACCAAGCCCGAAGAUCUGGUGGAGAGCCUCAGCUCGCUCGACACCAGCGCGCGGCUCAAGGCGCUCCGGGACGUGAAGAACCAGAUAAUUGGCAACAAGACCAAGAAGCUGUCCUACAUAAAGCUGGGAGCUGUUCCAAGAGUUGUGGAGAUCCUUGCCAGUGACACCGACAUUCCACUCCUGGUCCAGUCGGCUGCCGCGGUUGGGAGCUUCGCAUGUGGAACUGACGCUGGCGUCAAGGCUGUGCUCGACAGUGGAGUACUCCCCCACUUGCUCAGGAUGCUCUCCAAUGGCAACAACAAGGUAGUCGUCGAGGCCAGCGCCCGGUCUCUCAAGAUGAUAUUCCAAUCCACGCUCGCCCCCAAAAAUGACAUGUUCCAAGGCCGGAGGAUCGACCUCAUUCUAGCACUCUUGAACAGUGGCAACGAGAACGUGUCCGAGGUUGCUGCCAGUGUGUUAGCCCGAUGCUGCGAGACCAGCGAGCACCAGAAAGCACUGGCCGACGCCGGCUGCCUGCAGAGCCUGGUUUUCCUUUUGUCCGGGAGUCCCAAGAGAAAAGAGGCCGCUCUGGAUGCAUUGGCAGCACUUACAAGAGGUAACCCGGACACUUCUGCUGCAUUGGCCGCCACUGGUGCCGUCUCCACCAUCAUCAGGACGAUGAAGGACAAGUCACCCAGGGCACGCCUGCUAGCCUGCAUGUGUCUUUCGAAUAUCGGCAGAGCUUGCCAUAACAACUAUCAGCAAGAGUGGGACAUUCGAAAGAGUAUUCUCUCGACGGUUGGCAAACUUAUUGACGAGAACGGCCAAGUAGGUGAAGAAGCACCGGGAGUUUUGGCAGAUUUGGUUGCGAACAACGAGGAGCUUCAGAAGACAGCCUUCGAUUUUAACAUCAUCGAAAGACUUGCCGAGGUUCUUCAAAGAAGCUGUGUUCCAGAGAAACAGCUGGAAGGAGUUCUCAUGGCACUCGCCGAGUUGUGCUCUCGGCUGGAGGAUAGUCGGAGAAAGCUCCUCGAGCUCCAGGCACAGUGCUCCAUUGCAAUGGCUUUGGGACAUGAAUCAGAAGGAGUUCGAAUAGCUGCCUGCGCUUGCAUCAAGAGCAUCUCUCGGUCUGUCAAGAAUUUACGUACAACUUUGACCGAUGAGCGAUUGGUGUGGCCUCUCUUCAGGCUGCUCAAUGAUCCGUCCCCGGCAGUCCAGGCAUCUGCUCUAAGUGCCGUGAGCAACGUUGUGCUCGACUUCACACCACAUAAAGCAGUGUUUUUUCAAUGCGGUGGUGUUAGCCAACUUAUCCAGCUAGCGUUAUCCAUGGAGCCGAUGCUCAGGCUGAAUGCAGUUUGGGCUCUGAGGAACCUUCUUUACUUGGCAGACAUGAGCGUCAAGGAGAAAGUAAUGAGGGAAUUGACCGUGUCAACACUAGUCGACCUGGUUUGUGAUUCCGAGGAGAUGGUACAAGAGCAAGCACUGGCCUUCGUUCGGAACUUAGUGUAUGGCAGUGUCGCCUCCGUGCAACAGAUAUUUGCGGCUGACGCUGCUAUAUUGCAUGCCGUGGAGAGACAGCUUUGUGUUGCAACUCGACCCGAAAUAUGCACACAGGCACUAUAUGUCCUGAGUAACGUUGCUGCAGGCAACGAAUACCACAAGGAUGCUGUUAUGGACUUUGUUGCUCCAGCUUUGACUGGCGACCGCAGUGUAUCGAUCCUUAUCAAAUUUUUGCUGGACAUGAGCAACCCGCAACUUCGUGUUGCCGCAGUCUGGUGUAUAUCAAACUUGAGCUUCCCCGAGAGUCCUGGGGUUGGCACUCGAGUGGCAAGGCUUCGGGAUGCUGGCAUUCAGCUGCAACUGCAGAAAAUGUUUGACGAUCCAUGCACAGAUGUGAAGGAUCGCGUAAAAACAACAAUGGAGCAGUUUUUAUGUACUGACCAAAUGACGUGAUUGCAACAUCUGUAUGACACAGCCGGAACAAGAGAAGCUGCUGCAUCGUGUAAAAUAGCCGUCGCAAUAAACUUUGAUGGUGCAGCUCGAACACCGGGCAAAGUGUAAGCUGCCGACUUCACCCCAGUGCGGUUGUUAAUUUUUUUUCGCACGGUUUUCUUACAAUAUAUUUGUUACUGCCUCGAUCAAUGGACAGAGUUCAGGUUUUUCUGUA